CUUCGAAGAAAGUCCGUGUGUUGUUGCCGUCAUUUCCAAUGUUCCCGGAAAUACGACUCCUCUCUCCAACGCUCGAUCCAACUCCAUGAACAGAAGUCCGAUGAGCUUCUGGACGACUGAGAUAAGCUAGCGGUCCACGCUGUGUCGACUAGUGCGAUCCGAAGACCCGAAUUCGAACAAACGAGCCACGUCUCGAGAUGGCGGUGAACGUCGAAGAUCAGACCGAGCAAACUUCAAACCGUAACGCCUUCAUAGCGAUCUCCGCGAUUUUCCUCUUAUCUGGCAUGGGACUCUACACGGUGUAUCUAUUCUUCCCCGAGAUGGAGCCUGAGGAGAAACCCUACGUCACUCUGCCGACGAGUCUCGAAUCCGCCAAAGAUCUCGGACGCGUUUUGUCGAAUUACACCGACGACAAUUUCGCCAUGGUUCUCUUGGCUUUCUUCUGUACAUAUAUUUUCCUUCAGUCCUUCGCGAUACCAGGAUCUAUUUUCCUGUCGUUCCUCUCUGGAUUCUUGUUUCCGUUCCCACUGGCUCUCCUCACGGUUUGUCUGUGUUCGGCGAUAGGAGCCUCUCUGUGUUAUCUAAUUUCGUAUUGCGUCGGAAGACGCCUCAUCAUGCACUACUUCCCGGACAGAGUCGAGAAAUUGAAAAAGCAGGUUUCAAAUCACGAGAACAACAUGCUUUACUACAUCAUCUUCCUACGGAUAACUCCGUUUCUCCCUAAUUGGCUGAUCAACGUCGCCUCUCCGAUUGUGUCGGUCAAUCUGGCGCCCUUCUUCCUCGGGACAUUCCUGGGCGUAGCACCGCCGUCGAUAUUGGCGAUUAGAGCAGGAAUUUCGCUGCAGCAACUUGCGUCCGCGAACGUCAUGUUCACGCUCGAAAAUGGUCUGUUGCUCACAGGGUUCGCAGUCCUCUCCAUGAUACCAGUGGUGCUGCGCAAUAGGUUCAAGAACAAAUUCGAAUAGGUGAAUUCCAUCAAUUGAGUAUCUUGCACAUGUUAUCGUUGACUCCUAUCAUAAGAGAUUGAGAGUGCGGAGCCUCAGGAGGUCUGAAAACUUGAAGAACCGAAUGAUUGGCGGAUCACUGUUCCAUAGAUAGCUGCAAAUGAAUUCGAUUCGCCGUCUGAAGUAUUGUGAUGUGAGGGAAUAUUCAAAGCAUUUCGGCACGAGAGCGCACCAGGGACAAUGUGGUAUUGUUCCGGUAUGGGGAGGGUUUGCAUCGGUCUGAAGAAUUUCGGUUUUUGGAAUUUCUAUCGUACCUCUUAUUAGGUGAGGAGUGCUGAAUGAGUUCAGGGUCUUCGAUUCAAUCCAUUCUAGUUUGUACAUAUUUGAAUAAACUA